CCUUCCUCCAGGCAGCAGCGUCCCCUCUACAUCUGCAUCCGGCGGCCAUCAAGCAACUUCCUCUAGAGGGAGCUGCUCACUGCCGGGAGCUGUAGGCUCCUCUAUGGUCACAAAGUCGCGAGGUUUUCCUGGGCCAGAUACAACCCGAGGCGGCUUCCAGACACCAUGAAUUCAGUGACUCCGGGUCCUACAAGUCACGCCUGAGACCCUGCCCUUGGGAUCAGCCACUAGCCCCUUUGGGAUCUUUGUCUUCUGCCGAGCCAUCCCACAUCUGGACCAGAGCCGGGCAGGGUAACAGUGCUGUCCACCAAAACCUGAAAGAUGGCAUCUGGACAAGGGCCAGGUCCUCCUAGGGAGGGUUGUGAUGACUCCCUCUCCCCUUCUGAACAGCAGGUUGCCCAGGACACAGAGGAGGUCUUUCGAAGCUAUGUUUUUCACCUCCACCAGCAGGAACAAGAGACCCAGGGGGCGGCUGCCCCUGCCAAUCCUGAGAUGGACAACUUGCUCCUAGAGCCCAACAGCAUCUUGGGUCAGGUGGGUCGGCAGCUUGCUAUCAUUGGAGAUGACAUUAACCGGAGAUAUGACACAGAGUUCCAGAAUUUACUGGAGCAGCUGCAGCCCACAGCUGGGAAUGCCUAUGAACUCUUCACCAAGAUCGCCUCCAGCCUAUUUAAGAGCGGUAUCAGCUGGGGCCGUGUGGUGGCUCUCCUGGGCUUUGGAUACCGCCUGGCCCUGUAUGUCUACCAGCGUGGUUUGACCGGCUUCCUGGGCCAGGUGACCUGCUUUUUGGCUGAUAUCAUACUGCACCAUUUUAUUGCCAGAUGGAUUGCGCAGAGAGGUGGCUGGGUGGCAGCCCUGAAUUUGCGUAGAGACCCCAUCCUGAGUGUGAUGACAAUUCUUGGUGUGGUUCUGUUGGGCCAAUAUGUGGUACACAGAUUCUUCAGAUCAUGACUCCCAGGGAACCCUUUGGGGCCCCAGCCUACCCUUCUCCCUUCCCCUCCCCUGCAACAGUCCUCUCCUUCUUCCAAUUCUGCAAACAGGCACCCCUGCUUUGAGGAACCACUGCCCAGGGGUCAUCCAGAAGGCACGGAUACCCCAACAUUGCAUGGUGCUACUGGGCCCUUGGAGGGACAAGAGGCUGGGUACUAUUUCCCAGGAAGUUUGUAACGGUUUUUGCUUUUUAUACUACCCUUUGAGGCAGCCCCCCUUUUCUUCCACGGUGCCCAAAGUCAGAUCAUUGGGGACCUGGGGACCAGUGGUUCUAACCUGUGCUCCCAGACCUCCUGCUACUUUGGAAGGUCAGAACUUGAGAGGGGUCUUGAGCCCACACCUGGCCCUCCCUCCCUACACCUGGCUCCCAGGAACAGGGCUGACACUGAGGGAGCAUGACCUGCUCAGCCCCCCUCUCCAUUUCUUAUUCCCCCACUUCCCUCUCCCCCCUCCCAUCCUCUACCCCAUUCCAUUUUGCCUUUGUGGCUGGACUCUCAGGGAUUCUGAGCCCAGAGUGAGGGUGGAGAUGAGAGUCAGACCACAGCUGUCUGAACGUGUUCAUCAAGGCCCUCCAAACCCGUGUCCUUCCCUGGCACCCUCUCUGUUUUACCCAACCCCCGACCCAAGGACCACUUUCCCAACCUAGUGGGUAGGGGAGACCCUCACCUUCUCCCAGGAGCCCUCAGGCGAGCCUGCCUCCUGGGGAGACCUCCUUGACUAAUUGCAGAGCCUCGGACUCAGUCUGACAGGGAAGGGGUGAGCACUCAUUUGAAGGUGUCCACGCUAAAGGACUACACCAGCGGAGCAAUUGUGGAUCUGGGUGCAGUGUGACCCCUUGGGACCUGUGAAUACUUGAACCACACCAUCACCCAUGCUCCUUGUCUGCCUAGACCUUCCUUGGGUGGGGCGGGGUGUCUUCUCUGUCUUGCACAAUAUAGGGGUAAGGAGAGAGAAAAAUUCUCAGUUAAGCCAAAUGCAGGGAGGGAGACAGACGGGUCCCCACCUCACCCUCUGACUGUGUCUGGAAAUAAAACGUGCAAUCCCCUCAACA